UGCUCGCGAAAUCUCAAAGAAGUAUCAAAGGGCAGAAAGAGAGAGAAGGAGAUGGAGGGUGAUCACAAGUUUCGGCUCUUCUUGGUGGCUUUGGCUUGCGUUGUCGGAGUCUCGAUUGCUCAGAGCGCUUCCAGCGUCAAGGCGAGGUACCACUACUACAACCCCGUGGAGAACAACUGGGACUUGAACGCCGUGCACGCGUACUGCGCCCCAUGGUACGCGAACCAGUCGAUGGCGUGGCUCCAGAAGUGGGGGUGGACCGGGUUCUGCGGCCCGGCCGGGCCGACCGGGCAAGAUGCUUGCGGCAAAUGCUUGAACGUGACGAAUGCGAAAACCGGGUCCAAAGCGACGGUGCGGAUCGUCGACACUUGUAGCGACGGAGGGCUGAAAUUGGACGCCAAGGUGUUCCGAAUGCUAGACACGACGAAGGAAGGAUAUCAUGCGGGCUAUAUUACGGUUAACUACGUGUUCGUGACCUGCUGAUUUAGGGGAUUUUCGUAAUCCGAAUCAGUGUGUGAUCGAUAGAGAGUUCUAGUUGCUAUGCCUUGCGUGUACUUACUUACGAUCGUCGACUGAUCUUGUAAUAAAAAGAUGGGCGCUUUUCUUAGCGUCUUCUAGGUAACUCUUUUCCCAUUGAA